CCUCUUGACAUCAACACAAACAGAAUCCCUCUAACCCUUGACCAGUCAACACGCACCCUUUACAACCGUGCCAUAACCAACCCCUCCUCACUAACAGAUCAAGAACGGCGACUCAUCACCCGCCGCCCCCCACCAGAGGAAGAAGACACCCUCUGUCGAAAUGCCUGCGGGCUAAGCAUGGCCGAGCUCAUUGCUAAGGCUAUUGAUUUGAAUGGCGGCCUGACGCAUAAAGAAACCCACCUCCUAUCAGCAGGUGUGGUCCCGGGUCAACCAGGCCGGCUCCUGAGCGAGGUGGUGCGACUCAGUCAGGAAGAUCGCGACUUGACGGCUCGAGCUAUGGCCGCGGCGACAACAGAAGACGUCAGGGCUGCCAGAGAUAUCGCAUGGAGGAUUGUGUCGCGAUGGACGGCAGCGGAGCUGGCGGCGGCCGAGACGCUGAGUGAUGACGAUGCACGAAAUAUCAAGUAUGGGAUGCGGGUGCCGUGGCAGGAGUGGGGUUUGGCUUCAUCAAGUUCAAGCUCAACCAUGGACAUCUCCUCAAGUGCAAUGGGAGCUGGAACAGUAGACAUGGGUUGCUUUGGUCUCGUGGUGUUCUACAAUUUAGAAGAUGCUCGUGUUCCAGAUUUCAAAAAACAGAUUGAAAUGGCGGUUCACCAUGGAUUACACUAUUUAGCGCACCGGGUUAAGGAGGAGACGUUUGACCAGUUCACCCUGUACUGGGUGGCUGUCCCGGGUGAUAACUUGAAUCCGAGUGCACUGCAGAAUAGAUUUAGCACCAUGCUCCGGAGCCACGAAGUCCCGCUUGGCCUUCGACCGGAUGCGUUUCUCUAUGUGGAUGAGGAGGCGUUAUACUCGCGCGAGACAGCCAGGCCAUAUAUCUGGUUAGCUGAACCUAAGUCUGAGACUGAGACUGAGACUGAGCCUAAGUCCAAGCCUGAACAUGAUGAUAAUACUGGGACUGGGACUGGGGUUGGACCUGAGGUUGAGGCUAAGGCUGGACAACCACUCAAGGUCGACAUUAAGCAUAUCACCCCCGCGUUAUUUGCGCGUUUGGUACAGCGCGAUCUCGAGGGCGACGCGAAACGGAAGCCCUAUCGGUAUACCUCAGAGCUGAUUAUGUUGCAUGCAGCUGCGGGACACUCGAGGGAUGCACAGUGGGAAAGAGAUUGGAUCUGGCCGCCCCCUGCUCGAUACAUGUAAUUAUAACUAUAGUAGAUAGAGCUAUCUUAUUAUCAUAACUAUGGUUAUAGCAUUUCAUUCAAG